GAAAAUGCUUUGAAAAAUAAACAAACUGAAUAUAAAUAUAAAUACUACAUUUGUAUUUCUUCUUCAGACAUUUCAAACAUGAUUGAAAUAAAUGAUUUAUCUGAACUGCAGUGUCCAGAAUCGUAGGUAGAAGUAAUAUUUUUAGAAAGAACGAUCAAUACUACAAUAAACAAUGACACUUCUGUAAGAGAUUUAGGUUAUAUAGUUACAUUGGAUACUAAAUAAUUGGAUAAUGUACCAAGAGACAGAAUGAUAUUUUUACAGUACAGUGAUCUACCAAUACACUUUGUAAGUCUGUCUAAUACAUGGUAGAAAAGAUAGCUAUUAUACUUUUGUACAGGAUCCAGAAAAUUUAAAAAAUAUAUUGAAAGUAUUACUGAAUAAUGAUAUGAUCACACAGGACAGAUAAAAUAAAUGAAAAAGUGAUAUACAUGUAUUCAAUACCCAGAAUAAUAAUGGUUUUAUAUGGUUGGUGAAUUAAACGAUGAGUAUAUAUUAAUAACUUUGCACAUUUCUCUUCUGGCUUGCAAGCUGGUUGCUGCAUUUUCUGCCCUGUCACUGUCCUGGCCCUGACGUCUUCCACGGGCUCCUCUUCCACCAACUCUUCUCCCUCGUGCUGUGCCAGUUCUAUCAGUGCUACGACCUCUGCCUCGUCCCCUAGCACGUGGACGGCCUCACCCUCUUCCCCUAGCUCUGACAGGACUGUCUGAACUUGAACUUGUUCCUUGCGAAGCUGGUGAUGGAGUCUAUGACACAACAGAAUAUAUAAUUAGCCAGCAUAUAUAUAUAUAUAGUGUUGAUCUAACCCAAACGAAUGAAAUUUUCCUUAUAACAUUAACAAAGGAAGAAGGAACACAAAAGUAGAAACAUACCGGACCUACUCAUUACUUCUGGCAUUUAUUCUGCACAAUUAAACUUUUCACAAUGACAUACAUGUAGCCUAACACUGGUGUGUCUUAUAUGUCACACGUACAUUUGUAGUACUGUUUAUUAUUUGCAUGUAUUGAUACCAAAAUGAUUAACACAGAAUUUAUUGUAAACUUUAAAUAUGAUUUUAUACAAAGAAAGUAUCAAUACCUGUGUAUUUCUGAAAAGAAUACAGUCACAAACAAGUUAAAAUCUGAAAGAUUUACUGAAUACAGCUAGUUUCUGUUCCGAUUGUAAUUACCUGUUUUGGGCCCCACUAGUUGAACGCCGGUGAUAGACAUAUAUAUUUAUCGCACGACAAAGCCCAAAUAACACAAAUUACCCAGCUCGAUUGUUGAAACUUAUAUAUUAUAACACUAUAGAAUCAUUAUUUGCGAACAUAAAUUAGCAGAAAGGCGCAAAGUAUGUGUUAUACCGAAGACAUGUGCGUUUGUUUACACUUACCUCGUAAUCCAUUUUUUCUUUGCGGCGGAUGUAAAUGACUGCGUCACGUGACAAGCCAUGUGACCUUUUUGGCUUUCUCCGUAAGCAACCGAGCGUGAUCUUGUUUACAAUGUAAACAAUGUUCCGACCCCGAAAAUAUGUACAAAAACAUUCAACUUGACGGUGUAGUCGCUUGUAUCGCUUAAUUAUGGAUAUAUCUUAUAUUCAAAGGCCGAAUUCUUCAAUUCCUGACGUUGAUAUCUAAAGUAAUAGUCCCUUUAAAGAACUAUCAAUGUUAGCUGUUGUCUCGCUAAAGAACCCGUAUUUAUUAAACAAUACAUAUAAUUGAUACGUUAUGAUGCAAUAUGUAAACAAUUUCACAUCACAUUUAACGACUCUUAUUAAGCUUACAUCGAACGUUCUUUCACAAAGAGUGCCAUGUACUCAAUGCACUUACACGUUAAUGAAAGAUUAACACAUCUACACACAAAUGGAACUGCAAACUUUUCAUAUUCCAUGAAAAAGUCAAGAAAACCGGUCAUUCUGGUCUGCUUAAUCUGUAAAUUUAAUAAAGUUGUUUUACAAAUCGAGGAUUAGACUUUUUACGCUAUCUACUUUCUAUAUGUCAAAUUAUUGGGCCUAGAGUGAACUGUAGGGCGUAUGAUCUAUUUCAUGAAUACAUGUUAUGCUAUUCCCAUGCAGAAUGUAAAUGUAUAUUUACGUAAUAACAUUUAUUAUGUAAAAUAGAAACAAUUAAGUUCGAGGAUCUAUCUAUGAUAUGUGACUGUAGUAUUAAUGAUUAAUCAGAUUAUUGGGGAAAAAAAUCCUGUAGAUUUAAUAUUCGGAGCUAUGAAUACUCGGAUACUGUAAAGAUAGACUAUAGAAGCUGCAUGAACUUUAUCCAGUGAUUUUUUCUCCCAUUAUUUCAUUUCGGUUAUUCUGGGUCUUCUGAAUGUUGCUGGAAAAAUGUAUCUUUGUAUUAUCUCUUGUAGCCGAUAUUUGAUUAAUUUUGGUUCCUUUUAAGGCAGUUGACCUUCAUGUCUGAUGAUGGACACGGUUACUCCUGGAACGGGAUUGUACGUAGAUAUAAGACUGUCACUAUCACUAGAUAUGGGACUUACGUGUAAUUUCAUGCAUGGAAAUACACUUCGAUGCAUUGCACUUGGGAUGAUGAGUGUUGGAUUAGUCAUAUGCUUUUGGCUGUCAUGCAGGAGAGAUGUGACCGGUUUUAAGAACACUCCUACUUCAGAUCGACGUGAUGCAGCACUGUCAUUCUUUAAUACUGAAGGCGAUGCUGAUAGUAAACACAUCCCAUCAAAUGAAGUGCAAGUCUACAAGCUAAAUCAAAUUCAUAGGACACGUUGCAGUAAGGAUACAUCAAAGACACCUAAGAUUUGUAAGGCAAGAUCAGUUGAUGAGGAAAACGAAAUUUCGUUUAGAUCAGCAGAUAGUGGAAUUGGAGAUGAUAUUAAAGAGGAAUGUAAGUCAAUCCCUGAUUCAAAACACUGUACACAGACCCUCAAACCAUUUAAAGACGAAAAUAGUAAAGACUCUUUAGAAUCUGCAGAAAGUGGAAUUUACACUUAUACCACAAAAUCAGAUGAUAUAGGCGAUCCAGACGAAUAUAAGAUAGGAAAAGAUCAAGACAUUUCUUCUAGGGAUAACAGUAAAGAUCCUCGUCACCAAGAUAUAAGUCAGCGGAAUACUGAAAGCCGAAGAGAUAGCCGGUUCAAUAUCGAAGAAGAAAUAGAACAUGAAUUUGACAGCCUAAUGUCUAACGUCAUUGAUGAUGAGAAUUGCAAGGACAUUUCGAUGGAAAAUCACGAUUCAAAUCAAACCAUUCUGAAGAAGCAAUACAAAGCUGAACCGCCGAGACCGUCUUCGUCUGUAUAUAGAAAAUCGGAAGAUACAUUUCGACACAUUUCAAACAAUCCAGAAGAUUAUGAAGGACUUCUGCUUCAAAACGUUUCUGCAAACAACUUCCAGUCAACUUUAUUGCAAUCUUGUGAUGCACAAGAAGGUCUUGCCAAUCCAUACUCGCCGGAAAAAGAUACACCUACUUACACAAACUGUAUCGACAAACCUUUUGAGAAAAAUGGAACUGACAUCUCUACUCAUUUGUGUGGCACACCACCCACUGAGAAUAUCAGAUUACCAACACGGUUGGAAAAACAUUGCCUUAAACCUCAAGAUGGGCCAGAUGAACAUUUCAUCAGCGGCUUAAAACUCAUCUCGAACGAAAUUCCCAGCAGGGAAUCCUUAUUUCUUGUCAAGAAUAGUUUUACUACGUUUGACAUCUGUGGGAAUUCUCCCUUGAGCCGGCAGCCCUUAUCUUCUCUCUAUGGAUUAAGCAGCAGAAAACGCGAGCAUGUAAAAGCCAAAAAACUGCAUACACGACGUAGCAGAAUUCAUGAAAAUACACUCAAACAAACCAGUCGGAUGCAUGUUUCAAGACGUGCACUGAGUAGAUUUUUCAAGAACUUUGAAUUAAGAUCAAAAGUGAAGAGGGUUUUGCCAUACCGCAGAUGUGCAUUAAGGUAUUAUACCUCGUACGGAAUGCCGACAAAUGUGUGGACAACAGCGAACAAGGAGCAGAUUGCACUACCAUUUUUGAACCAAAAUGAAGUACAACCAUUAGAGAGUUGUGCACAAACAAGAGCGAACCAACAACACGGAGCGGAAUCCCCGGAGCAUGACAUCGAUGAAAGUCCAAAUGAAAUAAUUUAUGCCAUAAGUGUUGGUUCUGUUGCUGAAUUUAAGAUAUAUGAAUGGGGGAGAUUGAAGACGUUUAUCUCAUUUCCCAUGGAUUGUCCUAUAAGGCCCAUUAUAUUGGCUAAAUAUGGAUUCUACUAUACUGGCAACACAGAUGAAGUAGUCUGUUUCAGCUGCAAUGUAUCCCAUUCUAACUGGAAAAGAGGCGACUCUGUGUACGCAGUGCAUUACCAGAUAUCAAAGAGAUGUCGUUUCAUGUUAGGUGAUGACGUGGGCAAUAUCCCCAUACACAGACCAGAAAACUCUCCCAACCGCAGAGGAGGCGGAAGAGAUGGUUCUGUAAGUAGAAAUACAGAGGAAACUGAACUGAUCUCAAUACUUGCAACACCAGAGAUAGUGACAUCGCUAUUUCUAGGAUCAGAGGUCAGCAAUACACCAAAUGAUGUGAAAAACGGAUCAGAAUCUGGUAGGCAAUCAAAUUGUUCACUGAAACGGUUCCAAACAGGAACAUCAGCUGGUGCUUCCGCCUCUCAGUCAGCGUCUGUACAAGAUACUCCAUCCGUGCUGAUGUUAAGUUCGACGCCUUCAGGUUCGUCCUCUCAGCAAAGACAGGAAGCAGCUGGCCAACAAAAUCAUGCAUCUUCGUACGUUCCGAUCGCCACAUCUUCCACAUCAACAACCAACAACGUACCGAGUGGUCGUCCUGGUAACCAGAUACGGAAUGGUAAUGCUGGAAAUCAACAGCAGCCUAUUAACCAGCAACAUCCAACUACACUGGCUCAGCGUCAACAACUGCGUCUGGAGCAGCAGCAAUAUCCAGGACAUCAGCAAACUGAACAAAGACAACCUGGUUCAAACAUUAACAAUCAAGCAGUUACCACAGCAAGACCUCGAUACCCAAAUUACUCACUACAGGCAGUGAGAUCGGGGACAUUCAACGGUUUUCCUAACCAUUUGGAUCAAACACCAUUAGAGAUGGCCAGAGCAGGAUUCUUUUAUGCAGGAUAUGGAGACUAUGUCAGAUGCUUCUUUUGUGGAGGCGGACUUAGGAAUUGGGAACCUGGCGAUGAUCCAUGGGUGGAGCAUGCCCGCUGGUUUCCUCGCUGUGCUCACGUCAAACAAAAUAAAGGCCAAACUUUCAUCAACUUGGUACUUCAGAGGCAGCGGGAGUUGACACUUCCAAAUGAAUAUGUAAACACUGCAGGACAGGCAUCAAAUCUGGAUCCAAAUACCCCCUCUCUUGUCCAGACGGCGAGAAUACAAACAAAUAAUGAACAGCAGUCUAGCGCUAGCAAUACACAGUCCAGUUCCAGGACACAAACGGCUUUAAAAACCGAUAUGAAAGACACGUUAAACACACAAAACAGCACAGCAUCGGCUUCUCGUCCGUCGGUAAAGACAGAUCAGGUGGUCAGCCAAAUACCAGUCUCCACAGAUGACAUGAAUUCGUCUGCUGUUCUAAGUGUUAAAAAUAUGGGCUAUGGUAACAAGGCUAUCCAAGCUGCUAUCGAACGUUUACGACAAAACCAGGGUCCAGUAGAAUUGACUGCAUUGGCGCUAUUGGAAAUCAUAUUCAGUUUUGGUGAUGAGGAAACUCCUCCAGCGACUCCUGGUCAGACGCACACAGGUUCUAACAAUACCCAAGCACCAACUGCCAGAGCAGAAAGUUCAUCUGGACUCGCAAAUGAAAAAACAAACGUGGAGAAAAAGAAAUCAGAUAAACAGACAGUGAAUCAACACUUUAUUCCAAAAUUGGGAUUGAGAGGAGGGAGCUCUCCUGAUUCUUACACAGAAGAAGAGCUUACGUCCAUCCAGGAGGAAAACAACCGGCUAAAAGAACAGAUGAAAUGCAAGAUAUGCAUGGAUAAUGUUGUCUGUAUAUCAUUUCUGCCGUGUGGACAUCUCUGCUGCUGUGCUGAAUGCGCACCUGCCAUGGUUAAGUGUCCAAUAUGCCGCCAGAUAAUCCGGGGCUCUGUAAAAACGUAUUUAUCGUAAGCUGUUUAUGUACGUGUACUUUUGAAGCCUUAAUAUUUCACAUGAACAUUUGUGUGAUCUAACUAAAAUGAUGUUGCUGGAAUUGUUGGUUUGAAAAUAUGCUUAGCAGUGUUGACUGAUAUACCAAUGUUGCUCAUGAUAGCCUCUGUACAUUAGUAGAUAGUAUUGUGUAUAAAUAUAUGUAACGAUUUAUUUUCUGAGAUAGUAUGACUGAUAGAGUAAACUUGUGGGUUCGUGUAAUUUUCGCUUUGCUCGUAAAACCCAAUCAAUUUUAUUUACUCUUGCCUAGUAAGUAGAAAAGAAUGCGACUGGUUAUUAGAAUAGUCGUUAAGAUAUAGCACUGCAGUAUAAAGCAGCAUUAUCAUAAUUCAUCUAUUUUGUUGCCAGCGGCUUUAAACAUAAUCGCAUUACUGUUUUGUGAGAAAAAUCAAAAUUCACACCCCACACUUGUUGAAGAUACAUGGGAUGAGUGUCUUUACAAGAAUUUCAAUCGUAAAUAACAGCGCAGGUAAAACACGCAUCCCCCUGCUUUCUGAUAAUGACAAAUUAUCUCCGUCAUUUAACAUUGUUCUUACUAUGCUUUCCAUUCUGAUGAAGGUGUUUGGUUUUUGAUAUGUGAUAAAUAACGCAGGGAGAAGUUUAUUGUCAAUUUUAUAGUGUAUUCCAAGCUUUGUGUAUAUAGUAAUUAUAUUCUAUUCAAUGUACAACAUUGGUGUAUCAGUAGUCACUUCAUUUUAAACAGCAACAACGUUUUAUUAAGGUGAAAAGGUAAAUCUACUAAAAUGUAGGUUUUCAAAGUACAUGCAUGUAAAUGUCACCAUUUGGCCUCAUGAAUUUACAAUGAGAACAAAAUCAAUUAAAGUCACUUGUCAAGCAGCUACGAAAAAGUUCACUUACUCACGACUAAAAGAAACAUUAUACUAACAUGAAAAUGGGCCAAAUUACGGUCGAGCGAAUUACAAACAACGUAAUUGUGUUAAAGGAUGAAAGUUUUCCCCCGAAAAAAGAUAGUGUAUUUUGUAAAGGAUCAAUGAUAAGGUCAUGGAUUUAGAUAGACCAUUUGUUGUAAAUAGUCUGUAUAGAAUUUAUAAUAUUAUCAGUAAUUUCUGAAGAAAAUUGUUUGUUGUUCUUCACACUUAAAUGUUUUAGAAGGUACAUGAUUGUAUUCGUGUAGAUAUAUAAUAUAGCUUUCUAAAGGAUCGUACAGAUCAGCAAGGCUACAAAUGUUGAUAUACAGCUAUAUAUGUAUGAAGUUUUCAAAAACAUUUGAUGGAUUGUACAUAAGGAACAUAAUAAAAAUGCACAUUUGUUAAACUGAAAUAGGACUUUAGAGAUACACUUUAGGAACAGGUACAUCCUAUAUAUGAGGCCUAUGUAGACGAUAAGUUUAUAUAUAAAUAUAUAUGUUCAGUCCGCCUGAAGAAGCCUGAGAGGGCAGAAAGGUCUUGCGGCAAAGUCUUGUGUUUUUUUAGUUAUUUUUUAUACAUUCACCUUCGCAAAGACAGAUUUCUUUUUCUUAUAUGCUAUAUAUAUGCAUCUUAUGUACUUUGAAGGAAGACACCUCUUUUCAAAUAACAUAUUCUGAUAUUCUGCUAUGCUAACUUCACACAUUCUUUUUUAUUAUGCACAUUGUUAUAUAUAUUGAGAAUCGAAAAGCGAGCACAAGUGAUGAUCUUUGCUCUCCAUUGUCAUACAGUAACGUAAUAAUGUCAAGUAACAUUCUAUACCUGAAUUGAUUAAUGUUAAUUGUGCAUAUGUAUUCAAGAUGUAUCUGCAUUGUGUAUUAUUGUGUUAUUUACUAUACCUAUAAGUUGUUUAACUUAAGUUUAUAACUAACUUGAUAAACAACGUCACUAUGAGCCCUGUGACGUUGAAGAUAGAUAUGUGUGUGAAUAGAAAAGCGAUCAGAAAAUCGAAUGAGUCACUCAAACAAGUGAUUACCCUCAAGAUCAACAUGAUUAAUCAUUUGAGCUGACAAGUUCGUAUAUUGAUAAAAAAAGCACUAGUGUUGCACGAAUAUCUAUCAAUUAUAGUUCACCCCACACGAAUGCAGUCUCAUGCAGAAUUGUGCUGGACAUAUGGUGGUAUAUAUGAUAUGUAUACAAUGUCCAAUGGAAAAUAGUAUAUCCCGUGUAUGUGUUGUAAGAAAUCAAGAUGGAUUUCCCUGUAAUUAAAUGGAAAAUGUAAAGAAAGCAUCAGUAGAAUGUUUUAAGAUUGUGUGGACAAAGGUGUAUUGUUCCAAUAACCUAUUACUUGUCUUAUAAUAUUUUACCUUUACUUGUUGUUAAAAUUAUUUAAAUGCCUUAUUGCACAUUUACACUUUGUAAUCUGCUGGUAAUGUUGAAAGCACAUGCAUUGUGCUUAUAUUAGUGUAGUUCUACUGAUGUUUCAUUGGUAAAAAUACGAUAAAUCUGUACAUGCCCACGCUAAAAAUAAUUCUAUAUUUAUGUCUGGAGUACCAAAUUGAAUGUAGAAAUAGAGUAACUACGGAGUUCAAGUAUCACAUGACUUAUUAAAUAUGGUUUACAAGUGUAAAAUUGUUACAUGCAAAAUGUUGUGGACAACGUGUUUAUCAUGCGGAUGUUAAAAUGUUCGCUAUAUAUAUUACAUGUAGUUUUAAAUACUUCAUCAAUAACUGUAGUGGAAAGCGUUAUUUAAGAAAAUAAUGGUAUUUUUUACCAGUAUGUUGUACAUAAUAAUCUUAUUGUUUCAAUAGUGUUUUAACUAUAGUGUUAUGGUAUUGUGCUUCAAUUGUUCUGAUUAUACAUGUAUCUACAUUUUGUACCUGUUUUGUUUCGAUGUAUUUUAGAAAUUAUAUUGCUAUAUUCUAUUGGUAAUUAUUAAACCUAUUUCUUCAUAUUAUGUUGUAAAUGUCCGUAUUAUUACCUACGAUUUCUGAUAACGUCUUACCUGUAUUUUUCCCUACGAUUGUGUUGUACACCUGUUUUCUUCAGAAACUGCUAUAUUAAAUAUAUGGUGACAAUGUACGUUAUCGGAAAACCGUAUUAUUUUAUUGAUGAUUUCUUACCUGUUUUUUCCGCUAUUCGUAGCGUCAUUCAAGGAAAAUGAUUUUCUGGAUACCUGGAUAAUGCGGUGUUCAUGUUGACCGAUAUACCAAUGUUGCCGAAAAAUCGAGAAAAGUAUUAAAUAUAUAGGUACACACGAGGACCAUGUAGUAAAUAAAUAUGAUGUUAUUUCAUAUAGAUGGACAUUGUGCUAAAUGGAUGGUUUUGCACCAAAUCAGCGCUUAUCUCAAAGCUUUGUUUAUCCGCACAUUUAUAGCCUAGCUACAGAAACUGGAAAGUAUCAAGAUAUUGCCACAAAUCACAGUUAUCAUUUGUAAUAACUGUGACAAUAAAUGGAUUCAUUGUUAUUUUAUAUUUGCCUAUCACAGACAUUCAGAUCUUAAGCGGAAAUAUAUCAAAAUAUAAUACCGAUAUGAGCCAACUGAUUAUCCAUAAUUUGAAAGAGCUGAAUUCGUUUGGCAUAUACAUCAUUGAAGCAAGCAAAUGUAGAAGUAAAGGAUAACUAAAUGCAAUGUUUUUUUUUAUUUUGUUAUAUUACUAGUUACAUAAGUACAUUUCGCUAUAUUUUGAUGAUGAUGAUGUAUACAUUUUAAUGUAUUCAGAAUGAUUUUACGUUAUGUGUAUUAAUUUGUUAUAUUUACAUAACCGAUAAGUUGUUACGGAACUAAAUAAACUUGAUAAACAACGUCAUUUUGAGCCCUGUGACGUUGGCGAUGUAUUAAAAGGUAUUCUACCAUGUUUGCUAUGCAACGCAAGUUUUGAUUGGUUUAAAGCCAUGUAUUAUUUUCCAAUAAUACACGCUCGUGCCAAUAAUACACGCUCGUGAG